AUGGCACGGUCCAGCCUUUCUGACAGUGUGCAGCUUGGUGACCGUUGGACCCUUCACAUCGACAACCAGUUUCCCCUCAACGUUGCCUUGACCAUUCAGGGUCACAACCUUCCUCAUCCUGGAGGAAGACUACAGCUUGAUCGUCUCUGUGUCAGCUGCCAGUCAAGACAGUUAUGGAAGGUUGGGUUCAGCUUCACUGUGAGUGUGAAAUCACUCGAGGCGCAGGCAGCUCGCAAAGCAUGUGACAUGUGCUGCCUCCUUUGGAAAGCUUGCUCGAAGGCAGGAGGCACAAACUUCCAGACGUCAACUUUCACAAGGGUUGGGUCAGGCCUAACUCUGAACUCGGGUAAUGUUCAUGUCUUAUCAAUUUGUCAAGAACCAAGUGAGUAUUCCGCCACCACUGCAAAAAGAUCGCACUUAUCUCCCCCCCCCACCUUUUGCGACGUUGUUAACAUCAAGCUGACCAUAUCAGUUGUUCACAGAGCCGUUGACUACUUCAGUGAUAUCCAGAUUGGGUACCCUUGUCUUCAAAAGGCAGGAAGCGAUGUUCACUUCAAGAUCAUGAAUCAGUGGCUAGACCUGUGUGAUUCAACACAUUAUCACAUGGGUGAUGCAGCGUCAACAAAGCCUGACCUUCCCACAAGACUGAUUGAUGUUGGCCACCCUGACAAUGAGUCUGUUAGGCUACGGGAGACACAGGCGGGAGAUUAUAUCCGAUACAUUGCUCUUUCUCAUCCUUGGGGAGAUCUUCCACACUUCUGCACGUACCGCAGCAAUCUGAAGGCCCACAUGGAAAGCAUAAAGGUCAGUGAUCUUCCGGCAACCUUCCGAGAUGCCGUCGUGUCUACACGCGCCCUCGGGCUUCAGUAUUUAUGGAUCGAUCCCAUCUGCAUAAUACAAGGACCAGACGGAGACUUUAUCUCUGAAGCCAAGCGGAUGGAACAAGUUUUCAGUUCGGCAUACUGUGCUCUUGCCGCCAGCUGCACCAUUGGCCAGUCGGACGGAUUCCUGAAGCCACGACGCCCGAGAGACUACGUACAGCUCCCAUCGCAAGAAAACAACAGACCUCCGCUGUAUCUCUGUGACCAGAUCGACGACUUCAACAGCCAUGUGCUGCAAGAACCUCCCAGCACCCGCGGUUGGGUCCUCCAAGAACAUGCCCUUGCCCGCCGCACAAUUUUCUUCACGGAGCACCAGACAUACUUUGAAUGUGGGAAGGGUGUGCAUUGCGAGACCAUGAUACGCAUGUCAAAGUAA